CUUUCAUUAUUCGCAAUUCUAUCUACCAUGAACGUUUUUAAAUCACUGGGAAAGUUCAUUUGGGGCGACGGAUCUAACCCUGAGCUCGUGCAGAUCUCUUCAGGACAGUUUUAUGUCUAUAAAACUGCUUCCUCACAACAGCGUAUAAGAGAGUGCAUUUACAUCGACUGCAAGGCUACUAUCCGGAGAACCACCCAGCCUUUUCAGUAUACACUUGCCCUCACUCGCGUCUUCGAGGAAGGAGAGGAAGAGCUCCAAGAUGAUGGCCAAGAACUUUUGGAUGAAGAGAAGGUUUUUUUAAUUGAUCAAAGCAUGAAAUUUAGAAAAGGCAUGUCUGCCGGUGCGACCGCAUUUACCUGGCAGGGGAUGACACUCGAUGAUGCUGGAAUGGAGUAUGAGUUUGUUUGCGAUGAUGAAACCACUGCUUUUACUGCCAACAAUUUUGAAAUUACCAUAUACCAGUGUAUGUACGAGCGUAAACACCAAAAAUCACAUUUUUCCGCAAGUGAGGAGGCUAUCAUGGAAUUCCAACUCCUACCUGCUGCAUCCAGCCCAACGGCAUCACCACAGACACCAAGAAAAAAAGAAAAGCUGCCAAAUAUUAAAAAGGAACAACCCUCUGUUCAAGUUCAGGAUAUUGACAAACCAGCCCUUCGCAAUGUGCCUACGCAGUAUGAUGGCGUUGUCGAGGCUGUGGGCGAAUUGCAUCUCUUUGACCCUAGGACCAACCAUUUUAUGACCCAGGCCGAUAGUGUCCGCUGCCAACUUCUCAGAACAGCCAAGUACAACUACUGGCUUGUAGUUUUAGGUAGAGAUGACAACCAGCAUCUUGCUCAGCCUGUGGAGCCAAGGAUGAAUCCAGUGUUUAGCCCAAGCAAUCGUUCCUUCAUCUGGAAUUACUUUGACGAGCAACAUAACGUCUUCUCAUGGCUGAUUCGCUUCCCAACUGAAGCCGCACUCAAAGAGUUCCAAGAUGUAUUUGGCGAGUGUAUGUACGAGACACUCAAUCAAUCAUCCUGGGACAAGGUUCCUGAGGCUGACCAGGAUUACAUGAUCAAAACAUACCAGGACGAAGCCGAGACUCUAGAAGAUGAGGAAGAGAACGAAGAGGAUGUUUACUCGAAUGACGGAGAAAGCGAUAACGAUGAAGAGCACGACAAUGAAGAAGGAGAGGAAGAGGACGUUGAAAAAGAAGUUUUUCAAAAGGACGCUGCCAAAAAUAGUCAACUGGCGGUUGGUUACAAAGAUCGCUCGUUUGUCGUUCGGGGCAACAAGAUUGGCGUGUUCAAACACGAUGAUCGCGAUGGCCUUGAAUUCUCAGCCACCAUCAAGAACGUCAGUGACUCCAAGGGCAAAGCAAUCAAUCCACAUCGCGUUGUACUGCAUGAGCAAGACACUGCUAUGGUGAUGAUGGAUUCUAGAAAUUUAGACACAGCCUACAAGAUGGAUUUAGAGUAUGGAAAGAUCGUGGAAGAAUGGCAAAUGCCUGGAACCUCAGGUGUAUUGAACUUGGUUGGAGACUCGAAGUAUUCUCAUCUUACAGAUAAAAAGACUAUGGUUGGACAUUCCCAAAAUGCCAUGUUUCGAAUUGAUCCCCGUCUCUCCGGAUCAAAGAUCGCCACUUCCGAAUUUAAGCAAUACGCUAAAGGCAACGACUUCACGUGUCUUUCAACUACGGAUAAUGGCUCAAUCGCUAUGGCAGGGUCUAAAGGUGAAAUCAAGCUAUUCAAUUCCAUUGGCAAGAAUGCAAAGACAGCAUUGCCUGGGUUGGGAGAUCCUAUUAUUGGUAUCGAUGUGACGGGCAAUGGACGGUAUAUUAUUGCCACAUGCAAGACCUAUAUCAUGUUGAUCGAUGUGCUCAACCCAGGCAAUAAGAAACUGGGCUUUGAUGCUAGCUUCCCAGCCAAGGAUAAGCCAAGAUGUAUUAAGUUACACCUUAGACCAGAACAUGUGGCAACAAUGAAGGAGGCUGUCUCAUUUACGCCUGCACGCUUUAACACAGGCAAGAAUGAGGAAGAGAAGACGAUUGUGACCAGUACAGGGCCAUAUGUCAUUACUUGGAACUUCCGUCGUGUUAAGAAUGGACACUACAACGAAUAUCAGAUCAAGCACUACUCAGAUAAUGUGGUUGCGGAUAACUUUAAGUAUGGUCAGGACCGUUCCAUCAUCGUUGCCUUGCCAGAUGAUGUGACUGCACUGUCUAAACGUAACAUGAGUAACCCAACAGACGCUUUUAAGACGAUCAAGAGAGAGAAAUAAGUUACAAAACAGCUUCUUCCAUAGCCAAAGAAAUAGCUCUAAUUUCAGUAGAGAUGCUUUUUAUACAUGUACGAUGUGUC